AUGGCGGCUCUUGGGCAGAGCCCCACACGGAUACCCCCACCCUCCUGGUGGCCCUGCUGUCAUGCCUGCAUCAGCCUUCAGCCACCAGACUACCCAAACACUGCCCUGGUGGCCAACAAGACGUCAGGGCAGCAGGACGAGGGGAUGAGACAGCAGAUGGAGCAGCUGAAAAAGCUGGUGGCUGAACAGCAGAAAAUCAUUUCACUUUACAACUCAGGGAUAAGCACUGAGCCACUGCUUCAGUGUACUGAGACCCCCACAAAAAACCUUUCCAGACAAGAUGGUCAGGAAGAGAACAGAAAUGAAAACAAAGAUAACAGUCGAUUAAAUGAAAGAAGUUUCCUUGAAACUUUUUCUGCUGGCAAAGAACAAAGAGAACACCUAAAGGAGGAGAUUCCUCCAUCUCCUUUUGGCAUAGAGGGGAAGAUGAAGACUGAGAACAUGCAAGACAGAGUCAGACUGGCAAGCAAAAAGAUUAUCCAUGGUAUAGUGGUGCUAGGUGGAGGUGGGGUAUACAAAGAAUGUCCAAUCACACCAGCAAUUGGUAUUAGACAAAAGGCUUCUGAAGAAUUUGUUGGAGAACAACGUAAGGCAGACAACCAUCUCCUAGAAAAGCAGCAGAUGCAGCAGCAGAUAUUAAAACAACAGAUUGCUGGACUACAGGAGGAGUUCAAGAGAAACGAGUCCUGCUGGCAUGCUGCCUACAGCAAGCUGAGAGACCAGGUUGAGAUGCUGACCAGGCAGAACAUGGAGCUUCGAGAUGAGCUCAGAGUUUCAGAACAUCAGAGAUGGAAAGCAGAAGAAAAACCAGAAACUGUGAAUUUCAUGGACAGAAAAUCAGAGACCCCGGCAACAGAAGCCUCUGUGCAAAGAGUUGAUCCUUUGCGAUUGGUGACAAAGGAAUACGAAGAAAAGAAACCAUCUAACUGUUCCUUUGGCAGAAGCACAACACCAACUGGCAGGAGGACACCUCACCAGGGAAGACUGACACCUGUGGAAACAGAAGAAAAAAAGUUCAGAGGUGACCAAUGCACCAAGGCAUUGCAUGGGCCUGUGGCCUCCCGAGUGCCAGGGGCUGGGAUCAUUAGUGACUCGCCAUCCAGUACGCCUCUAAAAUCAGUAUUAUCUAGAAGGUCAAGAUUACAUCAAGAGAGAAGAAAAAGUGAGGAAGAGGUGCAGGAAAAAAUAGAGUAUCGUGACGGAAAGGUAGAAGAGGUGCUUACUGAUGGGCGUCGGAUCAUCACUUUCCGCAACGGUACUAAAAAAGAGAUCAGUGCUGAUAAGAGGAUGACAACGAUAAGCUUUGUCAAUGGAGAUGUAAAGAGGAUCAUGCCAGAUCAGAGAGUGAUUUAUUAUUAUGCAGAUGCACAGACAACCCACACUGCUUAUCCAGAUGGCCUGGAGGUGAUGCAGUUCCCUAAUAAUCAGAUAGAAAAGCAUUAUCCUGAUGGCACACAAGAGAUUGUGUUCCCAGAUCACACAGUGAAAUGUCUCUACAGUAACGGAUUCAAGGAGACUUUUUUCCCAGAUGGUACAGUAGUAAAAGUAGAAAAGAAUGGAGAUAAAAUCGUGGAAUUCAGUAAUGGCCAAAGGGAGAUUCACACUGUGCAGUUCAAGCGGCGGGAGUACCCAGACGGCACUGUAAAAACUGUCUACUGCAAUGGCAGGCAGGAAACCAAGUACUCCACUGGGCGAGUCCGAAUCAAAGAUGAAGAGGGUAAUAUCAUCCUAGAUAAGAAGUGA